AUGGACAUUAAUGAAGUGACUCAUAAGGUCAGCCCUACGUUCCUACCAUACUAUGCGAACUGUCUCGCCCGCGAAAGCUUCGAGGGGCUUAUCUCUCGUCAGCGCGGCCACAUGUCCGUUGAGGACAACGACACUUGGCUCCUCUCGAAGCGCAUUUGGAUACGAAAACUCCACUUUUGA